CGGGAAAGGCCGGGCGGGGGGCCAUGGAGGAGGACAGUGGGUCUUCGCCCGCGACCGAGUCGGCGCUGGAGAAGAACGUGGCGGAGCUGACCGUCAUGGACGUGUACGACAUCGCGUCGCUCGUGGGCCACGAGUUCGAGCGGGUCAUAGACCAGCACGGUUGCGAGGCCAUCGCGCGCCUUAUGCCCAAGGUCGUGCGCGUCCUGGAGAUCCUAGAGGUGCUGGUCAGCCGCCACCACGUCGCUCCCGAGCUAGACGAGCUGCGCCUCGAGCUGGACCGUCUGCGCCUGGAGAGGAUGGACCGCAUCGAGAAGGAGCGCAAACACCAGAAGGAGCUGGAGCUGGUGGAGGACGUGUGGCGAGGGGAAGCACAGGACCUUCUCUCCCAGAUCGCACAGCUGCAGGAGGAGAACAAGCAGCUCAUGACCAACCUCUCCCACAAGGACGUCAGCUUCUCCGAGGAGGAGUUCCAGAAGCACGAAGGCAUGUCAGAGCGUGAGCGGCAAGUGAUGAAGAAGUUGAAGGAGGUGGUGGACAAGCAACGUGAUGAGAUCCGCGCCAAGGACAGGGAGCUCGGGCUGAAGAGUGAGGAUGUUGAGGCUCUGCAGCAGCAGCAGGUACGGCUGAUGAAGAUCAACCAUGACCUCCGGCACCGUGUCACAGUGGUGGAGGCCCAGGGGAAGGCCCUGAUUGAGCAGAAGGUGGAACUAGAGGCAGACCUGCAAACCAAGGAGCAGGAGAUGGGCAGCCUGCGGGCGGAGCUGGGAAAGCUGCGAGAGAGGCUGCAGGGUGAACUCAGCCAGAAUGGGCAGGAGGAGCCUGAGACGGAGCCAGGAGAGGAGUGUGUCUCAGAGGCAGAGAAGGUGGCCAUGGAUCUCAAGGACCCCAACCGCCCCCGAUUCACACUGCAGGAGCUGCGGGACGUGCUGCACGAAAGGAACGAGCUCAAGUCCAAGGUGUUUUUAUUGCAGGAGGAGCUGGCAUACUAUAAGAGUGAAGAGAUAGAAGAGGAAAACCGAAUACCCCAACCUGCACCCAUCGUUCACCAGAGAAUGUCCCCCCAGCCGGAGUCUGGGAUCAAACGACUUAAAGAAGGUCCUUUAAAUGACGGGUUUAGCUUCUUCUCCCGAGAUAAGAAGCGCCUGGCUAACAUGCAGCGAAAUGUGCACAUCCAGGAGUCCUUUGGCCAAUGGGCCAACUCCCGCCAUGAUGACAGUUACACGGAGCAAGGAGAGGAAGCCCUGCAGCAUCUGUGACUGUGGCCCACCUCUGCCCUUGGACCUGAACCAGCCAGUGCCUGCAACCAAACCUGGAAGCCCCAGCUGUUACUACCUUGCACACCUCUUGGUUCAGACGCACCUUCAAAACUGGUCCCUCAAACAGACUGUCUGCUUUGAGGAAGAACAUUGAAAAACUGAUGCCAAACCCUAAAGAAAUGUUUAUUUAUACCCAAGGCUAUCACUGUUUAUAAUAGAUGACUGAUCUCUUAGGAUAUAUAUUUAAUAAUACCAUGAGCAGAGGACAGACUUUUGCAUUAACUUCGGUAACACAAGCUUCUUUAUGCCAAAUACAUGACUUGUCACUAUAAUUGCUGUUUGACUUGCUUUGUAUGAAAUUCUGUGUGUAGAAGUUUUAUUAUCAGAUUUGUCAUGCUACAACAGGAGGCAGGUAAUUGGUAGAUUUUCAUCAGUUACAUUCGUGAAAUUGUCACAGUGGUAGUAUAAUAUAUAGGAUGCAUCGAAUAGACAAGCAGGGCCUCCAAAGUCACAGGUCAGGCUAGCUGAGCUCAAACACAAAAUAAAUGUGUUCAAGGAUAGUGCCUUGGAAUCAGCCGUGAGUAAUGCAGUACUGACCAAACAAAGUUGCCAAGGAUGAAACAUUGCCAUGUUUCUCAUUUCUUCUGUGGAUUUUUUUUCUGGACAUCUGUUUUCCUUUUAGACUUCAUUAUGUCAAAUUUUUAGUCCUCUGUGAAGAAGAUAAAUGAUUCUAAAGUGGGUUGGGAAUGAGUACAGGAGACUAAAAGAUGUGGGAUGGAGGGGGAACUUGCCAGAGGGAGGGCAGAGGGUGCAAGAUGGUUUGGGAACCUCAUGUCUGACUGACUCUAGGAGUUGUGGGGCAGACUGAGAGCCACACGCCCUGUCUGCAACUGGCAAGUUGGGCAUCUGCCCUAAUAACACUAUCUGUCACCCACAGAGCACCCAGGGCCCAAGGCUGGGUGCUCACAGAUUGAGAGAGGCAGCACUUCCUAACAGAGCACUUGAGUACAGUUGGGGUUGCUUUCUACCCAUUCCACUAUGGUUUGCUAAAGAAAUCAUCACAUCAAAUUACAGAGUCUACACAGACUCUGUUCCCAGAUUGCUGAAAAUAAUGAUCAGACAGGAUAAUGCUGCUUUACAGCAGUCACUCUCAAAACCUAUUAGAACUACUAGUUUAUUCUCAGAGUAUAAAAGCAUGUAUAGUGAGGAACACCCCCCAAACCUUUAGCUGCCUUUCCCAAGGAGUAACCAAUGUAUCCAGUUUCUUCUGUGUCUUUGCUGAGAUGGUUUAUAUACAUGCAAUUAUAUAAAGAAAAAAAAAC